CAGACUAACCGUACAAGUUGACGGUUGUAUCAUUCUGUUUUCUUAAAAAUCAAUUUCUUAUACAUUUUGUGAAAAUUGUAAAUGAGUCAUAUUUUCGCAAUAAAAAAAUAAAAUGGCUAAAAACAAAGGCAAAGUCUACCUUGGAUAUGAAGAAGAAACAAUCAGUGAAAGAAAUAAACAACAAUUAAACUAUACAAUUAAUAAAAUUGGGGGACAACCUAACUGGCCCCCAUUAGAAAACAUACAGUUUCCUACAAAGUGUCCUUUGUGUGGCUUACACCGACUACUCGUAGUACAAUGCUACGCUCCCUUGGAAGGCUCGGUUUAUCAUCGCACUUUAUAUCUUUUUGCUUGUAUAAAUCCACCUUGUUGGGUACAAUCUGAAUGUUGGUGUUGUGUAAGAAGUCAGAUACAAGAUGUGCCAAAUAAAACCAGUGCAGUUGUAGUGAUGCCAACCUCUGAACCAAACUACAGCUGGUGCCAAGGAUCAGAUGACUGGGAACGAAAUGAUAAUGGGGACUCGUCAAAUGGAAAUGUUAUGAACAUCGACAAUAAUAGCAUACAAAGAAAUUCUGAUGAAGAAGACGAAAGUAAUUCAUUUGAGUUGGAAACCGUCGAACAGGCUUUGGAGAAUUUACAAGUUGAUUCAAAUAAUGCUAAUAUGUCGCCCAUUCAAGGUGCAGUCGGUGAAGUCGGAGCUCCGAUACCAGCAGCGGAAUUAGAAGAGGAAGAUGAAUCUGGUCUUGUCAUAGCUGAGACGCCCACCGCGCCGAUGAACAAUAUGGUAUCUCUUUUCAACCAGACAGCAGAACUAUCAGCGGACAUUCGAACUCGCCUUUUAAAUGGCCCUUUGCAAUUCGUUUCCAAAUAUAUAUAUGUGGAGGAAGAGUGGAACAAGGCGUCGUAUGAUGACGAUAAAAUCACUGAAUUACUCAACAAAUACAAAAGAGAUAAUGAAAUAGAAGUAGGCAGUGUGGCUGAUCGUGUAUCAGGAGCGCCGACCGAGGACGAAGCAUAUGAGGAUGCGAACCCUUUACACGGUGACAAGCUGUUCCACGCCUUUCUUACACGUUUACAUUGGCAUCCUACACAGAUUCUACGAUAUUCCCGUAACGCUCUCCCUCUCCUUGGAGCCCCAUUGCCAGUAUCAGAAAAUGCAUCGAAUUCUCCAUGUAGGCCAAACAAUUGUAUGCGCUGCGGAUCAAGACUCAUCUGUGAAAUACAACUUGUUCCUGGCUUCGCAAAUACCUUAUUCAUUUUCCCAAGUAAUAUAACACUACCACAUCUACACUUCCUCUCUGUUCUGAUAUUUACAUGUUCACAAAGCUGCUGGCAACAAAAUGAUAAAUUAGUCGAAGAAAUGGUAAUAUUUCAACCUGAGGUCAUCUAAAGG